GUGGAUAUUUAGAAGAGAGGGAUGGUUUGCAGUUGAAUAUAUUCACGACGUGAGAGCAACUGAUAACCACAACUCUACCCCGUCGCUCACACAUAUCUACUACCUCUCCAAAAGGAAGAAAUGACGACCGCCGAUGCGAGCACGCAGGAGUCUAGUACCGCAGAUCAGAAUACCACCGGCACCGACAACUCUGCAGAUCAACAACAACAACAACAACAACAGCAACAACCAGUCAAACGCGGCCGAGGUCGUCCGCGCAAAUACCCACUUCCCGAGGGCUACGUUCCACCACCCCCAAAACCCAAGCCGCCGCGGAAACCGCGCGAACUGACUGCUCUCGAGCUCGAGCACGACAGCGAAGAACGACAGAAUGGUAACAACAACGGAGAUGAGGGGUUAGCUGGGACUACUACGCCUUCCGGACGACCGCGGCGGCGCGCGACGACGAAAUCGGUGGAUUACAAGAAACUUGAGGAUGGCGCUGAGAUUCUUAGUGCGAUCUUGCUUGACGAUGACGAGGAGGUUCCAGCUGAAGCCCACUCUCAAGCUCUCCAGACACCGGUGCCUGGUAAACGACGGCGCGGACGGCCGCCGAAGGAUCCUAUAAACGGGCCGGUGAAGCGACCGCCGCCGAAACGGGCGAGAGUGGACGUUGAAGAGGAGGAUGGUAGUGACGAAGAGUUCGUGGCGGGCGGGGACGAGGAUGAGGGAGACGAUGAUUUUGCUGCCGCGGAGGAAGAGGAAGAAGAUGAUGACGUGAGCGGUGUAGAAGACGAGGCGGAGGAUGAUGAGUUUGACGCCAAAGCCAGCAGACGACGAAAGCAGCAGCUAAAGUCGACGCCGUCACGCAGAGCAGGCGCAAAUCCACCUACGCAAAGGCAAUUUCUGAAAUACAGUUCGUCGGCUGAAAGCCGGAUGCAGCAGUUCUUUGGCCCCAAGGCCUCAGGUCUGCUAGAAGGCGCGCGGUAUCGAAAUAAAUGGGUGAACGAGCUGACCGUGCUCCGCAGGUCGCUGCUCGAUGAUCCAGAGAGCACGGUACCCGUGUUGCUGGAAAGCGCGGGGUUUAAUACAGGGCUUCAGAUUACUUCAGACUCGAGCGUACAGCAGGCGAGAGAGCUGGGGUUUGUGCCGAGUGGACGGGCGAUGCGGUUUGACAUUGGGUAUAAUGACGCGCUGAAGCAAUUCACGAUCGCUCCGUAUGAGACGGUCGAAGUCGGUAAGCUUACGGACGGGAAUAGAGAAGGAUUGAUUAUGAACGUGGGCGGGUAUCCCACUGCUUGUGAAUGGGCACCUUCGAGCUCGGAGUCAGACACACAGUAUCUUGCGAUCCCCGUGAUCAGCAAAGCAGACGAACUUCAAAACCCAGUCUUCCACCCGCGAACAUAUCCCUCCUCGAUCCAAAUCUGGGAGUUCACCCCGUCGCCUACGCCCUCUGUGCGCCUCGCGCUCUGCCUGACUCACAACUGGGGAACUCCCAAGAGUCUUUCCUGGUGUCCUGUUGCGCGGAGUGCCACUAACCGUGCUAUUUUGGGCGGUGUGUUUUGCGAUGAGAGUGUGAGGUUGAUUGCCGUUCCUGACGUGGAGCGUGCGGCGACGCGAUAUGUGCAUGUACAGGCGCCUUUUCUACAGGUGUCUUUGCCUGGAAUGUCGAUCUACUGCUUCACCUGGAUCGACCCACACACGAUCGCCGUCGGCGCCACGAACGGCUACGUCGCGACCUUCAACGUCUCAAACACCACCCCCUCCACAUCCUCCUCCUCCGACAUCUCGACAAGCCUACAAACCACCCCCCUGAUCUGCACGCCCGUGCACCACAGCCUGAUCUUCGACAUCAAAUCCUGCGGCCCGCAACUGCCACACCUCCUCGUGACCACCUCCGCCGACGGCUACGUCCGCACGCUCGACACGCGCGACGCGCGCACCUGCGGCGCCGCAAAGACGCGCAUAAAGGGCUACGCGGCCGCGCUCGCGGUCCACGCGCCCACGCAGCUCGUCAUCUCCACCGACGACGGCACGGCGACAAAGAUCUCGCCCGCCCGCGCCAUCUCGCGAGACCUGAUCGUCACACGGCACGACAGCGGCGUGACCGCGCUCGCGACCUCGCCCGCGCAGCAUCCGUUCCUGGCCGCGGGCGGGGCCGAUGGCGCGGUCGUGGUUUGUAACCUUGCGGCGGGGCUCGUGAGUAAGAGCGCGACGUACCAGAAUUGGCCGCAGAUCCGAACUCUGAAGCUUGAAGUGAGCACGAUUCCCGCGGCGGUGAUGCGCGCGGACGGCGCUGUGGCUGCGCGGGUGCAGGAGUCAGCAGUGGAGACGGUGGAGAAGUUUAGGUUCGUGGAAGGAUAUAAAGCCGAGACGAUUGGGAGCGCGGCAAAGGGAGACAGGAAUAAGAAGAAAGUGAUAAGUCCGUCGUCGAUUUGCGUGACGGCGGUGUCGUGGUGCGGAGAGAGGAGGUUUGGAGGGUGGUAUGCCGCCGGGUUUGCCAACGGGUGCGUCAGAAUUGACAAUUUUGCUGUUGAGUGAUGUAGUCACUGGGAAGGCGUUUUUGUCUAGUUUAGGUAUGUGACGAUGUGUAUGAACUACUUUUUAGUUGAAUCAUUGAAUCACCACCGUUCGGGUAACGAGAUACGUGUGUCUGCUGCUCAAUCUCGUUGUUUUCAAUAUUCCCCUUUCGGGAAAUGAAAUAGGGGAACCCCAUCGCCGCGUUACUUGCGAGGGCUAAAAAAACCCAGU